AUGGAACCUGGAUAUCUGACCUUGGUAUUUGGCCUCAUUUCGAUGCUGUGCAUCAUCCUCGUCAACGCUUCGGACUACUGUUGGGUGUUUUUCCGUCUUUCAUCUGGGUUACCACCGGGUCCCAGGCGACUGCUCUUCGUGGGAAAUGUGCUGCAGAUACCGAUGGAGUACCAGUCUCGAACGUUUGGCGAAUGGGGCCAGAAAUACGGAGACAUCAUCUAUAUCAAGCUCUUCCACACACCAGCCAUCGUUUUGAACUCUGUCAAGGUGGCACAAGACCUGUUGGCUAAGAGGAGCUCCAAAUACUCGGACAGACCUUCGCUUCUUUUCAUGAAGAAGAUACUAGGCUGGGAUCCAGCCACCCCGUUCAUGUGUUAUGGCGAUAGAUGGCGCAAGCACCGAAAGUGGAUCCAAACUGCUUACGGGGAACGCACAUCACUCGUCGGGCAUAGGACGCUCCUAAAGCGGGAAUGCAUGGUUCUAGUGCAGAAUCUGAUGGUGUCGCCCGAGAUGUUUCUGAUACAUCUCAGGAGAUUCCCUGCGUCUUUGGUCAUGACGUCGCUCUACGGGCAACCGAUACAGUCUAUGGAGGACGAACACUUCGGGAUGGCAGAGUUCGCAAUUCACGUCACUGCCAAGGCAGGAGAAUCUGCCGGCUCGUUGAUCGAUUUCUUUCCUUUCCUACAGUAUGUCCCGGACUGGUUGCCUGGCGCUGCGUCCCUUGGGGAGGCACGACAGGUUCGACAGUCAACCCGUCGUUUGUUCGAUGAUCCGUACAAUAUCAUCAAACGUCAAGUGGACAACAACGAAGAAGUAUGUGAUUGUCUCAUCGCAGCUCUGUAUCGCGAGUCUGUGAGGAACGGCUCACUAGCGGACGAUGAAGACGACAUCAAGGGCGUCGGUGCGUCUGUAUACUCUGCGGGAGUUGAUACGACGUCCAUUGUCCUGUCGACGUUCAUAUUGGCCAUGGUACUGCACCCCCGCGUGUAUGUCAAGGCUCGCGACGAGAUUGAACACAUUGUCGGCAUAAAUAAUCUGCCUACGCUCGAGCAUAGAGGCUCAUUGCCGUAUGUUAACUGCAUCAUUCAAGAACUAUAUCGCUGGAAUCCGCCAUUGCCUCUGGGACUGCCUCAUCACCUGCAGUCGCGCGAUGAGUACAGAGACUUCCACAUUCCUGAAGGUUCAAUGGUUUUCGCGAAUAUAUGGCAAAUGUCCCGCUCCGCCGAAUUCUAUCGCGAUGCAGAGUCGUUUCGCCCUGAGCGAUUUGAGGACCUGGACGCGAAUGUCGACGUGUUAUCUGAUUCUCGUAACUACGUGUUCGGCUUUGGGAGACGCAUCUGUCCAGGAAGGUACUUUGCCGAAGACGCGAUCUGGUCAGCAAUUACGCACAUCAUUGCGAUCUUCGAUAUCGAGAAAGCAUACAAUGCGGAUGGUGGCGAGAUCACACCUGCUGUUCAUUUCCGUCCGGGCCUCACUAGCCCUCCUGCGGAAUUCAGAUGCAAGAUCUAUCCGCGUUCAUCUGAGCUAGCGUCUCUGAUGCUAGCCGGGCACUUGCAUGAGUAG